AUGGUGAGCUCCUCCGUCUUGGCGACAGCGAAGCACCGUCACUCAGCUCUCUCGGCACUGCUGGGGCCGUUUCUCCGCCUUUGGGCAGACCCGGACCGUCGUGGCAAGUUCCUGUGCUGGGUCUUCAGCGGAUGCAGCGGCGUCGUCGCUCUGCUGUUCGUGCUGGAGGCGUCCCGGGGCUUCUGCCGGACUCCGCUGGAGACAGCUCAGCUGCUGGCCGUGAUCUCCUGCAGACUGUGUCGAGUCACGGCGCAGUACGUCGCUAGGGGCUUCAAGCCAAAGUUCCCCAAGUGGACGCUGCGCUACGAGCUGCUGCACGGACUGAUGCGCAGCGCCGCCGAGCGGUUCGGCGAGCGGAUCACGGACGUGCGGCACGCGCGCGUCAUCCGCCGUCACACAGCCGCGUUCGGGACGGCCGUGGGCUGGUUCGCGCGCUGGCAGCACGGUCUGCGCCUCGAGAGCGUGCGACUCAACGGACUCGAGCACAUCUGGCUCAAAUCGUCUGGCGUCGCUCUCGGCUGUCGCGGCCGUAAGCGCCUCGUGGUGCUCUUCUUCCAUGGCGGGGGCUAUGCGGUACUCAGUCCGAGGAUGUACAUCUCGUUCUGCAGUGUGCUGGCGGGCGCCAUCAAGCAGGAGCUGGCGUCUCUAGGAGCUGCUGAGGAGGACGUUGCGGUGGACGUGUUCCUGGCGAACUACCGCAAGCUGCCGGAGCACCAGUUCCCGGUGCCGGCGGAAGACGCCGUGGCCAUGUACGAGUACUUGCUGCAGCACGAGAAGCUGCAGCCAUCGCAGAUCAUUUUGGCGGGGGACAGCGCUGGCGGGGGGCUCGUCAUGUCGACGCUAUUGCGAGUCCGCGACGGGCUCUCCAGCUGGAAGUCGACGCUGCCGCUGCCGUUGGCGGCGAUCGUCGCGUGUCCACUGGCGGAUCUCACUGGGGACGAAGACGAAGCCUCGGGCGAGCACUGCGUGCUGUCGCUCAACAUGACGGCUGCGAGUGUGCUGUCGUACCACCCGACGCGGGACGACCCCAGCACGUGGGCCGAUGCUUCGCCCGUGCACUGCGAUUUACAAGGACUUCCACCCGUGUUCCUCCAAGCUGCAGAACUCGACGCUCUGUUCAAGCACUCACUGCGUCUCGAGGCCAAGGCCAAAGCGGACGGUGUUUCGAAUUGGGAAGUGGACGUGCAUGAAGGCGUGCCACAUGUUUUCAUGGUCAUCCCAGCCUAUGUGUUGCCGUACGCUCGCGUUGGCGUCCAGAAGAUGGCAGCGUUUGCAGCGAAGCAGUUCCUGAAUGGACUCAGUAAGGACGACAAAGGUGCCGUGAGUGGCGGUGACAGCUCUGAAGUGAGGGAUGAAACGGCGCCUUCUGCAGCUGCAUAG